UGCAAUCCUGCAAAUUCAUAGCACAGUAAUCGUCUUUUGCAAUAUUAAAUAAUAUAAUCGAGUCCGAUGUGGGGUGUGUGCACUGGAACCGUGAUUAUUAUAAUCAUCACGCACUGGGUCUACAGGUGGAGAAAUCCCAGAUGCAAUGGUAAACUCCCACCGGGUUCAAUGGGUUGGCCACUUCUCGGUGAGACUCUUCAGUUCUUUACUCCCAACAAGUCGUCUGACAUUCCACCCUUUGUCAAAGAGAGGAUGGAAAAAUAUGGACCGAUAUUCCGGACUAGUUUGGUGGGACGACCUGUCAUAGUAUCAACAGACCCGGAUCUCAAUCAUUAUAUCUUCCAACAAGAAGGACAUUGCUUUCAGAGCUGGUACCCAGAUACUUUCACAGAGAUCUUUGGGAAACAGAAUGUAGGUUCCUUACAUGGGUUCAUGUACAAGUACCUUAAGAACAUGGUGCUAAAUCUCUUUGGUCCGGAAGGCCUCAAGAAGAUGCUACCUGAAGUUGAACAGGCUGCAUGCAGAAAGUUACUGUUGUGGUCAUCCCAGGAAACCGUUGAAUUGAAAGAAGCGACUGCAAAUAUGAUAUUUGAUUUAACUGCAAAGAAACUGAUAAGUUAUGAUCAAGAGAAAUCCUCAGAGAAUUUAAGGGAAAAUUUUGUUGCAUUCAUACAGGGAUUAAUCUCCUUCCCUUUUGACAUUCCUGGAACUGCUUAUCACAAAUGUCUACGGGGUAGGAAAAGGGCAAUGAGAAUGCUGAAGAAUAUGCUACACGAAAGACGCGCAAAACCCCAGAAAAAUCAGAGUGAUUUUUUUGAUUAUGUCCUCCAAGAACUUCAGAAAGAGGGAACAAUUCUGACGGAGGCAAUUGCACUAGAUCUAAUGUUUGUGCUACUCUUUGCCAGCUUUGAAACAACUUCGCUGGCUAUAACAUUAGCCAUUAAAUUUCUAUCCAAUCAUCCUUUGGUGUUGCAGCAAUUAUCGGAAGAGCAUGAGACGAUUCUGAGAAAACGAGGAAAUGCGGACUCUGGACUUACGUGGUUGGAAUACAAAUCAAUGAAGUUCACAUUACAGUUCAUCAUGGAAACAGUUAGAUUGGCAAACAUAGUUCCAGGAAUAUUUAGAAAAGCACUCAGAGAGACUCACUUUAAAGGGUACACCAUUCCAGCAGACUGGGCAGUGAUGGUCUGUCCCCCAGCUGUACACUUAAACCCAGAAAAAUAUGAAGACCCCCUUGCCUUCAAUCCAUGGAGAUGGGAGGGAGUUGAGAUAAAUGGUGCAUCUAAGAAUUUCAUGGCCUUUGGUGGUGGCAUGAGGUUUUGUGUUGGAACAGACUUCACUAAAGUGCAGAUGGCCGUAUUUCUCCAUUGCUUGGUCACAAAGUACAGAUGGAAAACAAUUAAAGGAGGUGAUAUACUCCGAACUCCUGGUUUGCAAUUUCCAAAUGGUUUUCACAUUCAGCUUAUGGAGAAAGAUACAACAAAUAGAACAAUUUAGUCAACGCAGUAUGACGACAAAUACAUAUAGCGGGGUACAGUACCAAAAAGCUUUUGGCUUGGCAUAUUAAAAGUUAGGAUGGCUAGGUUGCUAGUCUGAUGCUGCAAACUUCAACACAUAUGGACGUCCUUCAUACUGCUUAUUAGGAUUGCUACAAUACUUGAUGCUCCAUAAAGAUGGUAACAGAAUCAAUAGCUGGUGAUUGUCACAAGCAGAGAGGCAAUCAUAAUAAUCACUCAAACAAAGACCAAGGUUCAGUUUUGCUUAGAAUCAAAUCAACUUUUUGUGUUCUCCAAUCUGUAUAUUAAAGGCAGAAAAAGGAAAAAAGAAAGAUAGAGAGAAGAAAAGGUAUGCAUAGGUAGAAAAACCAAAAUACAGCAUGCCCAUCAAAGUGAAACUUAAAUUGUAAACAUAGUGCAAAUGUCUUUUUGUACUUAUUAGAAAAAGUACUGCACAGUUUAUCAGUUUUAAAGUAUUUAUUCAUCAAAGGAUCUUCUUUGUUCAACUCUCUUUGGCCCAUAAUAAUUUGCGUCAACUCUAGACAGUGUGGCCUCUAAAUGGAAAUUUUGCAUCACACUCCAACUGCAGAGGAUACUACCUUCAGUUAUCAUAUUUUACCUGCUCUGGAUGAAGCUAAACUGUACGUCGCCUAUUGGACAACAUUUCUGUUCUUUUUUUUUUUUCCAAAUAUUAGGCUCAUGUGAUUCUUAAAUAUGUUUUCCAGUUUCUAAUUUCAAGGAACUAAGAUAGAAAAUAGUUUUAUUUUUGAGAAAAGUGUAAAUGAAAGCAAUUUUAGAAAACAUGUUUGGUAGUUAAAAACUAAAAACUGUUUUCUGGAAAUGAAAUCAUGAAAACAUCAAAAACAACUUUUCCUUUUUUGUUUUUAAGUUAAAUGACAAUUUUUCAAUUUCGUUUUUAGAUUUUUCACCAUGUGAGUCACUUCGGAUGGUACCUUUUAGUCUCUCUUCCUUUAUGUGUCUACCAUAUCCAAUACCCAUUCCCAAUUCUUUCUAAGUAGAUUUGCUGCAUGUUACUUGUGUUAUUUGUCCUUAUUUCUGCUUGGCCUUGCAUGGUCAAGAUGAUAUUUUAUACUUCCUAGUGCCAAAUUUCAUACUUUUGGUUCCUAGUUCCCUGGUAGAGAUGCUUUCUAAAAUCAAUAUGGCAGCAAUCAAACCAAUAUUGAAUUUCUCCAGGACAAAAGAGGCCUUUUUGGCAAUAUCCACAGCAGAGCAAGCAUUGAAACUUUGCACAGUGCAUUACACACACUAUUCCUGGAGGGCAAUAUGUCAAAGUGGUUGUCCAUGAAAGCUAUAUUUGUUUAUGCCUUAACUUGCAGAUAAGAACUUAUAUUAAAUUGUAGGAGAAUAGCCAAAGCAAAGAAAACAUAACUAUCCAAAUCAUUAUAUAAGUACUGUAUAUAGAGUUUAAAAAAAAUACAUUUUCUUCUGCUCAUAAAAUGAACCAUCCAUUAGAAUUGCUGGGAUAUAAUGAUUAUAUGAGUAAAUAUGAUGCUAUGAUUAGGAAAUACAGAUAUAAGGACUUCAAUACAUACAGAGAAAAAAAUGACAUCUUACUAAGCCGCUUCCAGGAGGCAUAUUUUGACAGCCUAAAAAUAUAAUAUUUAUUUGUAUAGACAAUAAACAUAUGCAGAAUGACAGACCAAUGUAUAACACAGUUUCAAUAGAUGUAUAUAUAGAUCUAAUCUGUAUGUAAAAACUGACCAAUGUAUAAUACAGUUUCAAUAGCUGUAUAUAUUCAUCCUCUAAUCUAUAUUAAAAACUGAUUAACGUGAUUUUGAGCAAUCUAUUAAGGUUAAAUCUUAUUUAGUCUGAUUAAAGUCGCAUAUUAUACAAGAAUCUGACUGUAUACAACUUUAAAAGAUACUGAAAACAGUUCAGAUAUAAAAAUAAUCUGCCUGUAUAUACAUAUUUAGUCAUUGCUUUUUUUCUUGCUGAGGUCCAUUGAAGAGAGGCCUACAACGCA